UCCGUGCGCGGGAGCUUUGGUUAGCACGCAGCUGUAUUUGAAGGAAACAAGGCGGCAGGACGCAGGUGAGACCUGCAGGUAGUUAGGCUGAAAUAUUCCGACAUGGCGAUGAGAAGUGAGGCACGAGUGGAGACGGAGGAGGAGGAGAACUACGGGCCCCAGCCUCUGUGCAGACUGGAGCAAUCUGGAAUCAGUGCCAGUGACAUCAAAAAGCUGGAGGAUUCAGGUUUCCACACCAUCGAAGCUGUGGCCUACGCACCCAAGAAAGAGCUGCUCAACAUUAAAGGCAUCAGUGAGGCUAAAGCUGACAAGAUUUUAACAGAAGCUGCCAAACUCGUUCCUAUGGGCUUUACCACAGCUACUGAAUUCCACCAGAGGAGAGCUGAGAUUAUCCAGAUCUCUACAGGCUCCAAGGAGCUGGACAAACUCCUGCAGGGUGGGAUCGAGACGGGCUCCAUAACGGAGAUGUUUGGAGAGUUUCGGACAGGGAAGACCCAGCUGUGCCACACUCUUGCUGUAACCUGUCAGCUACCAAUUGAUCAGGGAGGAGGAGAAGGUAAAGCCAUGUACAUCGACACAGAGGGAACAUUCAGACCAGAGAGGCUCCUCGCUGUAGCUGAGAGGUACGGCCUGGUGGGCAGUGAUGUUCUCGACAACGUGGCGUACGCCCGAGCCUUCAAUACAGACCAUCAGACUCAGCUGUUGUAUCAAGCGUCCGCCAUGAUGGCCGAAUCCAGGUACGCUCUCCUGAUUGUGGACAGUGCUACAGCUCUGUACAGAACGGAUUACUCGGGCCGAGGAGAGCUGUCGGCCCGGCAGGGACACCUGGGCCGGUUCCUCCGGAUGCUGCUACGACUGGCGGACGAGUUUGGUGUUGCCGUGGUGAUAACCAACCAGGUGGUGGCUCAGGUGGAUGGGGCGGCCAUGUUUUCAGCAGAUCCCAAGAAACCAAUCGGUGGCAACAUUCUGGCUCACGCCUCCACCACACGGCUGUACUUGAGGAAGGGCAGAGGGGAGACCAGGAUCUGUAAAAUCUACGACUCGCCAUGCCUGCCGGAGGCUGAGGCCAUGUUUGCUAUUAACGCUGAUGGUGUGGGCGAUGCCAAGGACUGAGCAGGAGCCGGAGGUCCUGCUGCCGCUGAUGCCUGCCGACCUGGACUGAACCAUCUGAUGCAGGUUAACACCUCAAGACUAUCCAGAUCUGUCCCUUGGGAUCUUGGUGGAUCAGAUAAGAGUUGAACUAAACAAUUAAAACUACUAGCCAGACUAAAGCUGGUCAUUUAUCAGAGGAUCACACGAUGGAAAUGUUUCGUGUAGUUGAAAUCUUUAUCACAAAAAACAUCACAAGUGUUUAUUUGGUUCAACGUGCGGUUUCCUCCAUGAAGUGGAGAAUAAUAAUCUUGUAAAUAGACUUGACUUCGGUUUUUUGUGUUUUUCUAGUCUCUUUGUGUCUGACAGAUUUGUUUCAGAGAAAGCCUUUUUUUUUAUUUUAAGUAAAACUUUCCUCUAGAACUGCUGUCAGUUUUUCUGUUUCACUGGGAACUUCUGUACAUUUGCUUCAUGACGAUUAAACCUGUUUUACUGGAAA